CCACUUCGUCGUCGAAAGUACCCAACCACGUGGUCCUUCGUCAAGUACCACCACAUGUUGUACCGCCAGCUUCCGGUCCCUGCGCCCACAGAGCCCAUAAAUCAUCCCACCCCGCCGUGGGCGUGCGAACGUCGUCUUCCUCGUAUUUCGGCAAUUUUGCAAUAACCCAGCGGAAGUGUCUGCAGCAAGGCCGUCGUCCGCGCAACCGUCGUUCGCGCCUCACCGUCGAGCUCGAGCCGAAGCCGAGUCGAGCCUGCAGUCCGCCGAGGCCAGCGACCGAGUGAGCACGCCAAGGUUCAAGGAUGAGUGGUACCGCUCGCGAAAAACCCGAAUCGAUCGAAUAAACACAGAUAAGAUAAGUGCCGGUCGAAAUGCUCCACUCGUGCACAUCCCCUUUGACCCAGUGACGUUGGCGCGCCAGUGAACGAUGGUACUAAGCACCCAGCGCGCAGCGGACCAUGGCAAGAAGGAAAAAGCUCGUCAAAGUCGUUCUCGGAGUGCUCGUGGGGGUCCUCAUCUCGCAGUUCUCUAACCGGGAGCACACGUGCUCGCAGAGCCGGCCGAAGGCGGCGGCGGCGGCGCCGCCGCCCGCCCGCUCCGACGACAACCUCGUCUUCGUGGGGGUCAUGACAGCGGCGCAGUACCUGGACACGCGAGCCCGCGCCGUCUACGAGACCUGGGGCCGCAAGCUCCCCGGAAAGGUGGUCUUCUUCAGCUCGGAGGACUCCUACAGCGACCAGGUGCCGCUGGUGGCGCUGCCCGACGUGGACGACUCGUACCCGCCCCAGAAGAAGUCCUUCAUGAUGCUCAAGUACAUGUACGACCACUACAUCGACCGCUUCGAGUGGUUCAUGCGGGCCGACGACGACGUCUACGUGCGCACGGACCGCCUGGAGGAGCUGCUGCGCUCGGUGGACAGUCGCAAGCCGUGGUUCAUCGGGCAGACGGGCCGGGGCACCACGGAGGAGUUCGGGACGUUGUCGCUGGACAGCGACGAGAACUUCUGCAUGGGCGGGCCUGGGGUGAUCUUCAGCAGGGAGACGUUGAAGAGAAUGGCACCGUUCGUGGAGGAGUGUCUGAGUAACCUGUACACCACCCACGAGGACGUGGAGCUGGGGCGCUGCGUCAGGAGGUUUGCGGGAAUCUCGUGCACUUGGUCCUACGAGGCGAGUGACUGCGAUUGUAAGAUGCAAGUCAUAUUGUACCACAACCAAAGUGGGCAGGCGGCAUUCACGGGCGACUUGAAACAGAAGGAAGUCCAUCGGGCCAUCACUCUACACCCAGUCAAACAACCAAGGCACAUGUACAGGCUGGAUAAAUACGUCAAGGCGCUUCAGGUCCAGAGUUACCAGCAGGAGAAGAUAGAGCUACAUAGAGACAUCGCGGCUUCUAUGGAGGAGCUAGGGUUCAGGAUCCGGAAUCUGCAGAAUGCGAGUCUGGUGGAAGGUUUGCCCCUGUUUCCGGAAAGUAGGGGGUCGGAGAAAUAUCUAGGGGACACGAGUUUGCUGGGUUUACCGGGAAGACUAACCCGACAGCAACCCAGAAACGUAGACGACGUCCUAGACUGGGAACUGAUAUCGAAAACGCUCUACUCCUGGAGGGACUUGAACCCUCGACGGCGCAUCGGGUCGUGUUUGAAGGAGGGCCUUAGCGACGUCGUGCGUGACAUAAUGGAAGUCAUCAAUUCGUACUCUAAACAAAGAGGGCGGGUUAUAGAUUUUAAGGAAAUCCUGUAUGGGUACUGGCGGCUUGAUCCCGUCCACGGUGUGGAUUUAAUUUUAGAUCUUUUACUGGUUUAUCGUAAAUACAGGGGGCAUAAAAUGACGGUUCAAGUUAGACGGCACGCCUACGUCCAGCAAACUUUCACAGAAAUCUCCAUCCGAGAAGUAAAAAACUACGACUUCCCCUACAUGUCUCAACGCUCAUCCACCACAGCAGCCAUCCCCGUCCACCAGAAGCUCGUCAAGCACUUGGUCUCCACCUUCGAACAAAUCCCCCCCAUCCUCCACCCCAGCCCGCCCAAAAAACAAGAAGUCAUCAACUUCGUCCUCCCCCUCAGCGGCCGCUACAAAAUCUUCCGCCGCUUCCUCAAGAUGUACGAAGACGUCUGCCUCAAACGCCAAGAAGAAGCCAAACUCUUCGUCGUCCUCUACCAGAACGACCGAUCCUCGGACUUCCUGCGCAGCGGCGCCCUCAUCGAAGACGUCCAACGCACCUACGGCAGCGACGCCGUCGUCGCCAUCUACACCAACGAGACCUUCUCCAGAGCCCGGGCCCUCGAGCGCGGCUUGAGCCUCCUCAGCGGCGACGACCUGGUGCUCUUCAUGGACGUGGACAUGAUCUUCCACCCCCGCAGCCUCCAGCGCGUCCGCCAGAACACCGUCAAGGAAAAAAGUGUCUAUUUCCCCAUAGUGUAUAGCCUGUACAAUCCUCGACUCCUGAACAGGACGUACCCCGAUAAUUACUCAUUUUUCACCGACGAUAUCGUAGACGAAGACAGCGGUUUCUGGCGGCAGUUCGGGUUCGGGAUCGUGAGUUUGUACAAAAGUGACUACGUGGGUUUGGGGGGGUUGAACUUGCUGAUAUCCGGGUGGGGGUUCGAGGACGUCACCUUCUACGACAACGCGAUCAAGUCGAGCUUGAGGAUCGUGAGGAGCGUCGAUCCUAAUUUGAUCCACGUCUAUCACUCCAUCGAAUGUGAUAUUAAUUUAGACGCUGCGCAAAAAACUAUGUGCUUGGGGACUCAGGCGAAUAUGUUGGGGUCUUUGAAGCAGCUGCAGAAGGUGUACGAGAGGUACGAGGAGGUGGUUGUUAGUUAGGGGUCGAUAGUUUUUUGAAAAUGACUGUGAUCGCAUCGUAUUGUUUUAAUUUUAACGAAGUUCCUGUUUUUCGAGCUGUAUUUAAAAUCUCAAUUAUUGACAAGUCUGAAUUAGUUGAAAUUAAGGGCAAUGUUGCUGUUGAGGCGAGCGUUAGCUGUUAUUUAUGUUUUAAGUUGCCAAGAGAAACUGCCAUAAUGUAUGUAAGGAUGCAUUUAUAUACUUGUAUUAAAACUAGCGCAAUAAAUUUUAUAUUUUUA